AAAUGGUUAGUAAAUUAAUUCUUCCGAGUACGAUUACUUAAAACCAGAGCUGGAAGCCUCUGUUCUUUGCAGACAAUAUUUUACAUCUCUAGAUUCUGAUAGACUCUCCAUGGAUGGAUGGCGUUGCAAUGUUGACGGCGACCUCAGCUACGCCGCAAGAGCUCUUGGUUCAUUUGCAGGACCAUUAAUCUACUCUCAAGAACCAGGGCAAUUCAUCUAUCAGAUCUCACAGAAAAUGGAGGACCCGGACUUGAAGGGCAUCUUCCCUUUCAAGCAGUUGAAGAACCAACAACAAGGCGUGCAAUUUCCAGCCGACGAGGCGGUGAUCAUGAAGGCCAUGUUGGCCGUCAUCUCUUCCACCACCACGACCCCGUCGUCGUCCGCCGUAUCUUCGCCGUCGACGAUGUCCAACCCAGCUGGAGAAGUUUUCGGCGAGCAGAACAAUUCAAGUAGGCGAGCGUUUAGGCCUUACAAUCCUGUUUUGGCUCCCAAGCUCGAACUCAAAGAGAUUAGUUUGUGCGGCCAAAAGAUGAUAAAGGGCUCGAUCUGCUUCCUGAGAAGAAUAAAGUGUGAUCGGCAGCGAGUAGAGGGGAUGAAGACGACGACAUGGCCAGAGCCGGCGACGAGCAACCAGUUGCACCAUGUGAUAUCGGAACGGAGACGUCGCGAGAAGCUCAACGACAGCUUCCACAGGCUCAGCAUGAUUCUUCCUCCGGAUUCCAAGAGGGAUAAAGCUUCAGUGCUGAUCAGUGCGAGGAACUACUUGAAGACCCUGAGAGCCCAAAUUAUGGAUCUCCAGGAAAAGAACAGAAAACUGGAAGCACAUCUACCAAUAUUAGAUCACGAGAUGGCAGAAGGCAAUUUCCAAGUCGAAGUCAUGAAAUUAGGCUCAGACCAGUCACGCUCGCAGUUGGAGCAAAUCCACAUCAAGAUCACAGUGAGAGUGGAAUGCGACAUUGUGAAUAUAAUCCUGCAAGUUCUGGAGUGCCUCAGAGGGAUGAGGAUCGUGAGCAUAGCUUCAGUGGAUGCUCGUGCAUACUCCCCUAAGAUGCGAAUCUCUGCCAGAGUAAAUCUGAAGCUACAGAUUAAGAGUUGCGACUGGAACGAGGCAUUAUUCCAGGAAGCCAUGAACAGGGCGAUUAAUGGCGUUGCACCACCUGCUGAACCCCUUCCUUUUCGCAAUUUAGAUUUGUAGGAUUUGUUUUAGAAAUGCACUUGCGUAGCUCUAAGUCUUAUGUUGUUGAAAUAAAAAAAUUCAGUCACUCAUCACGAUCUUAGGGGAUCAUGGUAGACUUUGUAUUUUGAAAUGCACUUGCGUAGCUCUAAGUCUUAUGUUGUUGAAAUAAAAAAAUUCAGUCACUCAUCA